GUUCUCUAAAGAAACCGACGAAGCGCCGUGCCACAGCGAGGAGCAUUUAUUAACCAGCGACGCUCCACGAGAGCUGUUCAUUAUUUUUCUCAAGCCGGUUUCAUGCUCAAAGGAAUUCCGUUUUUCCAGGUGAACGUAUGUGUACGGGUGGCUGUUUCUGAAAGUUUUUGGCCGGGGUUCACGCGCGCAGGUUUUGAAUUGGAUGUUGGCAGGGGGAGCGGCGAUGUACCGCGGUGACCUCUGUGGUACAGACCAGCUGAUGGCGAGAUUCUGAUACAUAUGUGGCGACAGGAAGUCUAAACAACGAGCAGGAGUGACGUAGAAUUGUGUGCAGUUUUGAAACAUCGGUGGUCUAGGCCUUGAGAAUAAAAUUAUAGACCUACACCGUAACUGUUUACGUCAUCAAUCGCAUCCAUGACAAGAAUCUAGCGUCUUCGAAGCCUUACAACGUUUUGACGUCAUCACUUUCUGUGCACACCUCCCACAGAGCAAGCCUCGAUUUGGUGAAAGAGAUAAUAAUCUGAUAUUGUUAGGGGUGACAACUCCCGUCUCAGAGCGGGCUUCCCCUCAGCUAUGAAAAAACUAAUGACGUCAUAUGACGCGGACAGCGUCCAUCACGCCAUGGGUCUGACCCAGCUCCGCCCCCACGCCAUGUCGCCCACCCCGACCUUUGACCUGUGUCUGGACGACGGCUAUCAGAGCCAGUUCCUGUCCCUAAGGACUGCCGAGCAGGCGUGCCGCGAGAGCUUCAUGGACGACACCAGCUCCGGCUCCUCCCUCGAAGACUGUCUCCACCCACAACACGUAGGCCAUGCCCCGGUCACGCCCACCACCACCACCACCACCACGGGGUUGGGCGUCUCAGCACAAGCCCCGCCCACUUCCCUGUCGCUCAAACACCCGCCUCUUCGGGGUCAGAACAGACGCUUCAACCACAGUGAAAACAACAACUCUAGUAACUCUAACCUAAACAACAACAACAACAACAACAACCAUCACCAUCACCACUAUCACAACAACAACAACAACAACAACAACAACAACAACGAAAAAGAGGACGACCAGCCGGACAAAGAGAGCCUGGUACAUCUAUCCCGCGAAGAACGACGGCGACGUCGGAGGGCGACCCAGAAAUACCGCACUGCCCACGCCACAAGAGAGAGAAUCCGGGUGGAAGCUUUCAACGUGGCCUUCUCCGACCUCCGGAAGCUGCUGCCAACUCUUCCGCCUGACAAGAAACUGUCCAAGAUAGAGAUUCUGAGACUUGCCAUCUGCUACAUCUCCUACCUCAACCACGUCCUCGACCUCAGCUGAACCUCCAGGCCAGUUUCCAAGGUCACGUGACACGUGACAUCAUUGGCAGGGUAGAAGCAGCCGGCCUCCUAAAUUAAAACCUAAUUAAAUUGUCUUGAUGGAGGCGUAAAAAACAUCCAACCGAUCUCUUUUACAACCUACACAGUGUUGUUGUGAACAUCAAACAUUAUUAUAUUAUUAUGACGUCUCGCACGUCAUCCCUGUUAUACGUUAAACUAUGGUACAUUAUUGGGCACACUUGGAGCUCAAGUCAGUUUACAAAGGGUCAACUUUAAAAUUAUGUAUAUUAUGUAUAUUAUCGUUACCUUAUAUUACAACAUUCUA